AUGCAGCAUACUGUUAGAGAAUUUCGAAUCAUCCUGCCUAUGCUAGUUGAUGAGUAUCAUGUAGGGCAACUCUGGUCAGUCGCACAAGCCAGUAAGAAUGAGACGGGAGGUGGCGAGGGAGUCGAGGUGCUGGUCAACGAACCGUUUGACGAGAGGAACCAUGUGCCAUCUCCCAAACUGCAGGCCGGCGGCAGAGAGUUCACAACUGGGCAGUAUACGCACAAAAUUUACCACCUGUCCUCGAAAGUUCCAGGGUUUGUCCGGUUAUUGGCCCCUAAAGGAGCUCUGGAAAUUCAUGAAAAAGCAUGGAACGCCUAUCCUUAUUGCCGAACAGUCAUAUCAAAUCCAGAUUAUAUGAAGGACAACUUUUACAUCAUCAUAGAGUCAUUCCAUGCACCAGACAACGGAAAUAGCCCCAAUAUUCACGGCUUAACAGGCAGAGAUUUAAGUGUGAGACAAGUUGUUAAAAUUGAUAUAGCCAAUGACAAAGUACCAGCAAAGGAUUACAAGCCGGAAUGGGAUCCGUGUUUAGUAGCAUCUCCCAAGGCAGGAAGGAAUCCUCUGCCUAGAGACAAGACUGGGGAAUGGAUGAACAAUGUGAAGCCUGUGAUGUGCUGCUACAAACUAGUAAAAGUCUGGUUCAAAUGGUUUGGACUUCAGAAGAGAAUGGAGUCUUUUAUUUUAAAUGUAGAGCAGCGAUUGUUCUUGAAUUUCCAUCGCCAAGUUGUCUGUUGGCUGGACAACUACUAUGACAUGACCAUGGAUGACAUCCGACGCCUGGAAGCUGAAGUGAAAGAAGAGUUGGAUAGGCAACGAACUGAAGGUCAAGUACGUGGAACUGUGGCAACAGAUAAAGAUGAUGAGCAAUCAUAG